CCCCCCCUCUCUCUCUCUCUCUCUUUCUCUCUCUCUCCCCCACAAGCAACAAGAAGAGGAAGAGGAGGAGCAACGCUCACUCCUCGGCGACACAGGUAAGGCGAAAGGAAUGGCGGCGGCGGCGGCGCAGGAGAAGAUCCCUCAAGCAUGGUGGUUCGGAAGCCACUACAGUUCGCGGCAGUCCCCGUGGCUCGCGUCGACGCUAUCAGAACUUGAAUAUAAGACCAAGCAGAUGCUGAAUCUAGUGGAGGCAGACGCCGACUCAUUUGCUCAGCGUGCCGAGAUGUACUACAAGAAGCGGCCUCUACUCUUGAGCAUGAUCGAGGACUUCUAUCGAUCUCACCGCUCGUUAGCAGAGCAAUAUGACCAACUCAAGUCAGGUGGUAAAAUGCACCACGCUUUGUUCGGUCCCUCUCACUUGGACAGAAGCUGGUCGCGAAAAGUAAGCAACAAUUCGUCAGACGGGUCCUCGCUUUUUACCUCGUAUUCUUCUGAUUCCGACGAGUCAGAGGUCGACGAUCCUGAACAAGAAGAGACAGAAACCGAGUGUACGCUAACAGACAAAUCAGCGAAGGAGAGCGAAAGUGAACAGGCGAAGGCGAUGAAGGGAGGAGAGUUAGCAAGAAUGAAAGAGGAGAACGCAGCUCUCCGAGCUGAAUUAGCCGAGAAGGACGAGGAGAAGAGGGAGGUUAUUCGGCAGCUCACUUCGUCACUCGACGUCUUGAAGGAGGAGAAUUCUUAUCUGCGGAAAUGCGUGAAGGGUUCGAAGAAACGGAACAACUUGCUCGAAUUCAAGAAACUCACCAAGGACAUACUCUCCGGGAAGCUCUUCGGUGGGCAUUGCAAGACUCAAACUACAGUGGUGGCUCUCUAGUUAUUUUGAUAGAGUAGAAGCAUAAAUAUAGACAUCUAAUUCCUACUGCUGUACCUUUAUUUAGCUAUAUGUGUAUAGGGCUCAAUGUAUGAUGUUCCCCAACUCCCCUGCUAAACUUAGUAUGAACUUAUAGAUCUCUUUCCUAGUGUUGCAGUUUUGCAAA